CGAGACAUGGUUUCCGACCACCGGAGAAAACAAGGGCACUGGGCUAGAUAAUAACCCAGGAGUGAGGAUGAGGAUGAAGAUGCUGAGAGCAGCAGUUCCCCGACGCUGGAACGGGUUUAUCAACAUGCAUCUUUAUCUCUCUACUACACCCGAAUUCGUUUGCUUACAUUUGAUUUGAAUGUCUUAAAUCUAGAUUAGAAUGCAGAUGCCAAAUCAUCUCCUCUGCAGAAUCCGAUUUAAAUAACAGGUUAUUUGAAUAGCUUUCGAGAGAUCUUAAACCCUCCAAGAAAUUGUGGUGCGUAAUUUAGCGCGCUUACAAAUCCGAUUCGUCUCACAGACAUCGAUACAGGUAAACCGGCGACAUGUUGACCAGCAUCACCGAGAGCAUCUUCUGCUGUCUGUGGGGAAAGACGACCAGCGUUGUUUUGCCAGUCGAAUCAUCCGACGGCAAGCCCGCUGAUGGAUUCGAGUUUGUGGAGGUGAAGCCAGGCCGGGUUCUUCGCGUGCGCCACAUUCUCCCCGAACGUCCCGCAACCGCAGACGAACAACCAGAGCCGAGCAGCAGCGUCCACUGCAAGCGCAAGAUCACGGUGUACCGCAACGGCCAGCUGGUGAUCGAGAACCUGGGAGAUGUCCUCCACUCCGAGAUCCUGCAGUGCCAGAACGGAGACGUGGAGCAGUGCAGCACGGUGGAGGUGGAGCUGUCGGAUUACACCACUGCACCGUCCUCGCCGGACCCCAAACCCGCUCCAGCUCUUCUCAUCUCUGACCAGCAGAAACCAGCACCUCCGCCCAGACGCAGGCGACGGAAACCCAAGCGCACCGUGAUGAUCGACACGCAGCGAUGCAUCAGCAGCUGUAAGGGAACGCAUUCGGACGUGGCGCUGUUCUUCAUCCACGGCGUGGGCGGCUCGCUGGACAUCUGGGGGAGGCAGCUGGACUUCUUCUCUCGGUUGGGUUACGAGGUCGUCGCUCCUGAUUUGGCGGGUCACGGCGCCAGCAUUGCUCCUCAGAUCGCGGCGGCGUACACCUUCUACGCACUCGCGGAGGACCUGCGCGCCAUAUUCAAGAGAUAUGCCAGAAAACGGAACAUCCUCAUUGGUCACUCAUACGGGGUGUCGUUCUGUACGUUCCUGGCACACGAGUAUCCGGAGCAGGUGCAUAAGGUGGUGAUGAUCAACGGAGGCGGCCCGACAGCGCUGGAACCGAGUCUGUGCUCCAUCUUCCAGCUGCCCUCCUGUGUCCUGCACUGUCUGUCCCCGUGCCUCGCCUGGAGCUUCCUCAAAGCUGGUUUCGCCAGGCAGGGUGCUAAAGAGAAGCAGCUCUUGAAAGAGGGAAACGCGUUUAACGUCUCCCCGUUCGUCCUGCGAGCGAUGAUGAGCGGUCAGUACUGGCCCGAGGGGGAUGAAGUGUACCACGCCGAGCUGACCGUACCCAUUCUGCUGGUGCACGGCAUGUACGACAAGUUUGUUCCAAUUGAAGAGGAUCAGCGGAUGGCAGAGAUCCUCUUGUUUGCAUUCCUGAAAGUGAUCGAGGAAGGCAGUCACAUGGUGAUGAUGGAAUGCCCAGAAACGGUCAACACUCUCUUGCAUGAGUUCUUCCUCUGGGAACCUGACAAUUCCAAAAAGAACACGGUUACCAAGGUAACAGCCGACCAGACAGCAGCCAACAACGCCACGCCCGUCCAGACGCUCAGUGUCGCCAACGGCAACAUCACAGGGACUCCCAAGGUCAACAAGCCCCUUAACAAGUAACCUGAUGAUUGACGUUUUUGGGGUAAAGCAAUCAGAAGGCUGUUGAUGGCAGGCUCAAACCGUCACCUUGGCUGAGAGCUGAUUUUUGGUCAGAUGGUCCUAGCGGGUGUCGAGACGGGGGUGAGAAAGAAUCACAUGUUCAAAGAGACUCUCGGUGAGAAUGAGGGGGAAAAAAGAAGCAGCUGAUUUAAACCAAUGAUGGUGGUUUAUGACAUCACGAUGCCUUUGUGUCUCUCUGCUACCUUUGGACAAUAUCUUUCCUUCUUGUGCUGUCUAAACAAAAGGACUGGAUGUCCGAAAUCAAAGUGUGUUCAAGCGUUGUUGUCCAGGUGGGACUGAACUAUGAGAAAAAACUAUUGCAAUCCAAAUCAAGAGAGUGUUUAAAGUCAACAUGAAACGUUUGCAACCUGGGCUUGACAAUUUGACAUGAACAAAUGCGGUUGUUUGCAUCAGUGGCGUGUAACGCAGUCCCUUCGUUCUAUUAGACACUUUGGCGGGUUGAAUAUUAUAUAUAAUAUAUACAUUUUUCAAUUUCAGUAGUCUUAUUAAAAGGCAUCUGAAAUGAUAAACUACUGUAAGUGCAAUGUAGUGUUGUCAAACAUUGAUUUUUCGAUACAUAUCCGUACUGAAAUAUCUGAAAUGCUUCCAAUGCUAGCUGCGCUUUCUCUCGUAUAUCUAAGACGGCGAGUGACACACAACCCCGCGUCUCCUCACUCACCCGAUUAAUUUGCUCCGGGUGAAUAUUGUUGCUGUUAUAAGGCUUAAAUUUCCCUGUGCGAUUGUGUAUAAUUUUACAUAUUCUAGCAGAUUUUGUGCGCAAACCCCCAAAGUCCGGCACAUAAAGACGCCUCUCAGGACUAAAUUGAGUUAUAUUUCGUUACUUAUUGCACUUAAAUAGUCAAACACACACAAAAUAAUGUCAAAAUGCCAGUCUUCAUGUAAACACAGUCAAUUAUGUUUACGUGAAUGUAACAGUUGAGAGAAAAAACGUAUGUGUAAUGGAUAUGUGCGUCAGGUCUUAAAGUGACAGCAGCCUAAUAUUCCUGCAGCCAAAUUGUGAGAUAAUACUAAAAAUAUACUUAUAAAGUACUAAAUUGAGUUAUAUUUUGUUGCUUAUUGCACUUAAACAGUCAAAUACACACAAAAUGAUGCCCGUCUUGGCGAGUAUUCACGUAAACACAGUUAGUUUGUUUUUAAGUGACAGUAUGUGUAAUGGAUUUGUGUGUCAGGUUUUAAAGUGACAGCAGCCUAAUAUUCCUGCAGCCAAAUUAUGAGAUAAUAUUAAAAAUAUACUUCUAAAGUACUAAAUUGAGUUAUGUUUCGUUGCUUAUUGCACUUAAACAGUCAAAUACACACAAAAUGAUGCCCGUCUUGGCGAGUAUUCACGUAAACACAGUUAGUUUGUUUUUAAGUGACAGUAUGUGUAAUGAAUUUGUGUGUCAGGUCUUAAAGUGACAGCAGCCUAAUUUUCCUGCAGCCAAAUUAUGACAUAAUAUUAAAAAAUAUACUUCUAAAGUACUAAAUUGAGUUAUAUUUUGUUGCUUAUUGCACUUAAACAGUCAAAUACACACAAAAUGAUGCCGAGUAUUCACGUAAACA